UAUUUCUUGUGUUGUCAUGUUGAGAAGGUGAUGUUUCAGGACUCUUAUUGGAUUGCCUUGUUUUUGCAGUACUUAAUAUUUGUAUGAAAAUCUCGUGGGGGUGGAGGGAAUGUACCCAAAUGGCUGAGUUCCGCAGCAGUAUUAGUGAACACAUUGAUUGCGACGUGGUACCAGAAGCGAUGUUUCUGGGUGCGAAACGGGUGUGUGUAUGCCUCCCCUCAGGUCAAACAAAAGAGUUGUUGUGCUGGUGACAUGUGACAGGCUCACCGCUGUUUCUCCCUGCACAUGUGACUCAGUGGUGUGUGGCUGACGGAGUGCCCCCCCUCCCCUCCCAGAUGCAAGCAGGGAGUGAGCAGUGGGGGUUGACUGUAGUGUGUGUCCUCCACUGGGAAAGGUAGCUGCGGCUUGCAGUGUGUUUGGUGCUGGGGGAGAGCGGGAGCCUGCCGUCGAGCCGAGCUCCGCACUGCAGCACGUCGCUCCUCGCUCUGGUCCCUGGGGCUAGUUGGAUGCAGCCCCCCUGGGCUCUCCCGCUUCCCUGCGGGAUGACUGCGCUUAUGUGCCCGGUGAAGGGUGUGAGGCUGAAUCCCUCCCAUACCUCUGGGCUAGGGAAGGAAGACAUGCUGAUCUUGAAAGUCUUCCAGUGUUAUUUUGUAGUGAAGUGUGAACAUUCGCGAGAGAAGAACCUCCACCCAGGUCAGGGGAUUCUCACCAGCGAAGCCUGUGGAAAUGCAUUAGUCAUGUUCCCUCUCCGCUCACAUGACUCCCUUUUGGUCGCACCCUUCAGGACUUCUGGGAUCGCUUUGCCCCGUCGGCUGCCGAUGGUCAGGGCAGUGGCCCGUGGCCAAGGAAUUCAGCGGAUCAGAGCCCACCGGCUGCCUCAGCACUCUGCAGGAAAGGAGAAGUGAAACCAUUGGGACUCUCAGCAGAUCAGCUUUUUCCACACCGUUAACGUUUUUACUCAUAAAACUUUUAGUUAGACCUUCACCUUCUGAGGUUAUACCAAAGGACUUGCUGGGGGACACGUUACAGCUGCUGCCGUGAUCAUCGAAAAGCAUCUACGAAAUGACUAAAUAUACAGUUUGAAUUGCCCUUUAAUUAAUCUGACAUGCUGGAUCCCUGUGUAGUUGCUGGCAAAGCCCAUUCGAAUUAUUGCCAAAAAACAAAUGAGUCCCUUUGUAUUGUUUAGCAGAUAAUAUUGCAGAUGAAUAAGGACUGUACUGCCUCUUACUUCUACAUUUUACUGCUACCGGCUGGAGACGGUGUGGUGCGUCACCGCCUUUGCGUCUGCCAGGGCUUAACCGCUUCUAAUCCUGCUGUGGCUACGGAGAAGGGCAUCUCAGUGGAGGUUCAUGAAAUGUACGAAAGCAAUGCGUUGGUCUGUUUCGUGAGGGACGUACACUUUUUACUCUGUGCCUAUAUUGCCUUCGUUGCCUUUUUUCACAUCUGGGUGCUGAUGCACGAGUCACGGUUUAGUUGUAGAUACGAAUUGUUUCUUGGGAGGAUGCUUAAGGCAGAUUCCAUAAUUUUGUUUUACCAUUCUUCCAGGGUCAUUUCUCUUCUCCUCAUCUGCUUAAUUUAUUAACAGAUUCUUUCCGUAGACAUUACAGCUUUCCCAAAUCUGAAUUUGUAAGGAAAAAACUUUUUUUUAAAUUUAUAAAUGUGUUUAUUGAGGUAUUGGGUUAACUUGGUAUGCUGUGGUCUAUGCUUUUAGUCUGUGAUUUGGGGCUCUUGAUCACAGGUGGUGCUCCUGGCUACUUGUUUUUGCCAUGGACAGAUAUGGAUGCAAAGUUGAUAUGGUCCUGUUGUGCACUUUUUUGCCCCAGUGUGUGUUUGUAGCGUAAUAGCAGUUCUAGGUACUGUAUAAAGGGACCAGGAUGGUCUGUAUGACUCAGACCUCUUUCCUGACUGAGUGCCACAAUUAUCCCACCCCUGACACUUUUACAUCAUCAUAACCAUGUUUAUUGAAUAUCGAGGAAGCCUGGAAUUAUUGGUUCUACGAACUGGGGUACACCGCAUCCAUUUCUACUGUUGCUCGCAGCUCUCAGCGUUUUGAAAGAGACCGUUUCUGUUGAAAGAUUAUAUUCUGGUUUCAAAAGUCAGAACAUCAGGAGUUACCCUGUUUUCAAAUUCAAUAUACUAUCAUGACCAGACCCUGCUUAAUAAUGAUGUAUAAUCUGACAGCUGCUGUGGAACACAUGCAGGAGUGUCACUUGUAGCUUGGGAUUUGCGGUACACUUGCGAUAGGAAAUCUCUUUGCACGACACUGAUAAGAUCAGUUUAACAGUUUGAUUCCCGGUGCCACGUUUUCAGUUUUUGAUCGGUGAUGUGGAGCUGGUGCUCAUUGGACAGCAGUGGGGAUCACUCAUUCGUUGUCUUUUGCGCAUAGCUGUGGUUAAGAGUGGCAGGGCAGACACAGCGAGCUAGUGGCUCUGGUGCAUGGUUGCUAUGGUAUUGGCCUUCACUGACUUGCAGCAGACAGGCGGGAGGGUAAUGGAAACUUUUCCUGUUUUGUUUCUCUGUCCACCCCCCCCACUGCCAGCAGAAGGAGGAAGCCUGGCGUGACCCUGUGCGGUGGCGCGGUGCUGCUAGGCCGAGGUGGGCAUCUUAACCCCGACAGGCCAAGUGAUGUCCCCCAAGUUGGGGCCUGUGGAUUAGAGGGAAGCUUCAUUGCUGGCAGUUUCCCAAGCACGUGUGGCGGCUGGGCCUCGCAGCACCAGGAAACGCGAUCGGGGGCGGCAGGAAGAGUGGAUGUGGUGGUGACGGAGGCUGCUGAGUCCUGAGAGUGCGGCCCGCUCCCAAGUGGGGGGUGCGUCAUGGCCUCUGUGUUUGUCGUUGACGGAGGAGGAUCGGUUGUGGAGUAUGUCAGCACCACGGAGAACCCACAGCAGGAGGAGAGUCUGGGAGAGGACAGGUACCCGGCAGUGAUUGUGGAACCUGUACCUAGUGCCCAUCUGGAGCAGUGCUACGCUGCGCAGGUGCUGGUUUAUGACGACGACACCUACCUGGUGCAGGAUGUGGCUGAUGAGCAGGAGGUGGAGACGGAGGUUGUAGAGACAGUGGAAGCUUCAGUCCAUGGCAGCAAUGUUAACUGCUCAGACAAGACCAUUGAGGCAGCCGAGGCCUUGCUUCACAUGGACUCUCCCACCAGCUUGCGGGGUGACCGUAGCCCAGCAGAGGAGUAUGCAUCGCCCUGCAUCACUAUGCCAGAAUUCAUCCAUGCGGCCAUGCGUCCAGAUGUUAUUACGGAGACCGUGGUGGAGGUGUCCACUGAGAGCAGUGAGCCAAUGGAUGUGUGCACUGUUUUGGAGGCCCCUUUGAGUGAGCCCAUCAAGAAGAAGAAAGCUGGACGAAAACCAAAGAUGCAUCAGCCUCCUGUAUCAAAUGGCUCUCCUGACCUUGGUAUUAAGAAGAAGCCUAGAGAAGGCAAAGGCAAUACAACAUAUUUGUGGGAGUUCCUGCUGGAUCUCCUGCAGGACAAGAACACCUGCCCCAGGUACAUCAAGUGGACGCAGAGAGAGAAAGGCAUCUUUAAACUUGUGGACUCCAAGGCUGUGUCCAAAUUGUGGGGGAAGCACAAAAAUAAACCGGACAUGAACUAUGAGACCAUGGGCAGGGCCUUAAGGUAUUAUUACCAAAGAGGUAUCCUGGCAAAGGUGGAGGGCCAGCGUCUUGUCUAUCAGUUCAAAGAAAUGCCAAAAAACAUAGUUGUGAUUGAUGAUGACAAGUCAGACCCCAAGAGCGAGGAGCUGCUUGGUGCGGAGAAGUCAUUUGAGCGUGUUCCCCCCUCCUCCGAAACCUUAUUAUCCUCACCAGAGCUGUCCAAGACAGGAGUCCUACAGGGAAACGUCCACACUGUUGUACACACAGCCCCUGCCAAGAGCAGGAAUGUGCUCUCCCAGCACAUGACUCGAAUGAUGACGGUCACGACGGCCUCUGAUGCUCCUCAGCUGCAGCAGCAAUCCCACCCCAUCAUCUCCACAGGCGGCGGAGCCAGGACAGUGCGGGUGGCCAUGCAGGUACCUGUAGUGAUGACAACAUCACAGGGUCAGAAGAUCUCCACUGUGGCAGUGCACUCAGGCAGCUCGCCCAUCCUGACCAACACCAGUGCCACCAGUGGCACGGCCCCCAAGGUGGUACUCCAGACGAUUCCCACGGUGAUGCCCACCACGGGCGAGAAUGGGGAGAAGAUCACUGUGCAACUGGCCAAAAUCAUCACCAUCCCAGCCGCACAGCUGGCACAGUGCCAACUGCAAACCAAAACAGGCACGCUGGGCACAUCGAGCAUCAGCCUGGUCGGCGCACCGCUGGCUGUGAGAACCCUGGCUCCGGUGUCUGUUACGCCGGGGACCCAUGUGGUGAGGUUGGCAGUGCCAGCACAGCAGCCCCAACACCAACAGAGCAGCCCCGUGGGGGGCAGCACCCCUGCACGUAUCCUCAGUGCCACCAUCAAGAGGCCCGAGGCCAAGAUGGACAGUGCUGUGACGCAGGCGACAGAAGCCACUGUGGAGCUGCACCUGGGCCAGGACAGUUCGACCGUGGAGGCCCCCAAACUGGGGACGGUCAUGGUUCCAGCUAUGGUGAACACAGAGGGGCACGACUGCUAGGGCAAGCCAGUGCCAUUCAUAACUGACAUUUUUUUAUUGUCCCUUUUUGUCCCAUUAAGGGAUGUUAACUCUUAGCAAGUGUAAAAUACCUGUCAGCAAUUCAAAGCAUCCAGUUUGCCACAUGUGAAUUACUCAUUGUUAAAUUAUUCAAAACGGAUAUAAAGAUUAACCAAUAUGUUUUUCACCCACUCUCAUAGUUCUGAAUAAACAGUGUGGAGAUUUCAUUAUAAAUAUGGUUAUCAGACUGAAAGGGACCAAGAUGUUUUUCGCAGACACUAAUCUUCAACACUAAAGCAAUAUUGGUCUCAGUGUAAAGACAGGGAAUGUUUACUUUGCAACAGUUAUUUAACUUGUGCAUUUAAAAAAAUGCAAACCAGCAAUUAGUUUGACUAUCACUGUGUAUAUACAGAUAGUACCUGUUCUCACAGUGCUACGGUGGAGCUCUGCAGAUCUUUAAGACCCGCUGCUGUUGCUUGACAGUAGUUAGAAAGAGAAAGGGACUUUGUAUAAUAUAUGUAUGCUAACCUGUUGAUGAAAUUUCAAACAAGCAACCUUAGAGUAUUUUUUAUUUCUACAAAAUAAGCUAAUUUAGGCUUUUUGUAUAAAGCUUUUUUUAUACCUUGUACCAAGCACAGUAUUAAGAAAAAUAAAGGAACACCUUUUAUAAUUAAGCUUCAUCCAGGAACUGAGCUGAAGCAGACUAAUUUGCCUGUGUCCCCAAGUUGUGGCAUUCAGGUGGAUGCUUCUCAGGAAUGCUGGGGAAGCGCAUGAGCUUCUGCAUCCAGUUCUUGUUCCUCACCAAAAGUGAGACAUGACUGUGUGUAGAGAGAACUUGUAUAUUCAACAUUUGAAGUACUCUAUUUUGUUGUACUCCUGUUGCAAAGUGUAUCCAAAUAGAUUUUACUUAAAUAUGUUAAAUUAAAGGUUCGGUGCUGAAUUAUUUCUAGAUUAACCUUUCCUACUUCAGGUUUGACAUUCUUGGGGUGGUCAGUUACGGUUCGAGUUGUGAAGAGCUAAGGUACAGCUUCCAGUGUAGAAAGUAUUCCCUUUAACAGUGCAGUAUUACACAUCUGCCUUUUAGCGGGAUAGAAUGAGAACAAAAUGGGAAUAGAAAAGUUUCUAUAUGCCGAUUUAACAAAAUCAUGGGGGUUCUUACCUGACACCUUUGUCUAAUGUGGUUUUCUGAGUUGGUUGCAGAGAUUUACUCAUUUAUAGAGGUGGCUAUUGUGACUGGACAGAUUCAGGUUAAAUCCAGAGACUACAGUCUUAUUUUUUUUCAGCAAAAUUCUCACCAGAUACCAGUCUAGUUACUUACGAGUUACCCAAUAAGUUGCAUGCAUAUUCCAUCAUAAAAGAAGGCAGAAACUACAUAUUUGACAGGUUCAACUGCAAUGCUGUACAACUAGUAGAAUAUAAAGGCUACCAACCACCUUGGCUUUUAGUCAUAACUAUGGGUAAUAUUAAACUGUAGCUUCCACAUUUCACCACCUGUGUAGACUGCCUAUCCUUUAACCCAUCAACUAGUCACCUAUAUAAUAUAUAUACAUUGGGUUCACAAAGAAUUUGAGCAAUGGGGGUUAAAUAUUUAAAUGAAUUUUCCUGCAAUAUUAAAGUAAAAAUAAAAUUCAAAUACCUCCUAGAAAAACUCAAAUGAGGUCCAUGCACUGAUACUUACUU